AUGCCAACAGGUCUUCACAUUCCAAGGCAGUGCUGCUCCCCGGCAGUGACGAAUCGGAAGUAUCCGAAGCUGAAAGAAGUGGAUGACGUGCUGGGUGGGGCGGCCGCCUGGGAGAACGUGGACUCCACUGCAGAGCCGUGUCCCAAAUGUGAGCAUCCGCGUGCCUAUUUCAUGCAGCUUCAGACGCGCUCUGCAGACGAGCCCAUGACCACCUUCUACAAGUGCUGCAAUGCGCAGUGCGGACACCGCUGGAGGGACUAGAGCCAGGCUGGCCCAGCUGCGUAGUGUCUGUUUACCUUAUUCCUCAGAGUGGGUUUCCAGCUGGGAGCGAGCACUUGUGCCCUGAGGGCCUUUGCUGGUGUGGCGGAAAUGGGUAGCGCAGCUGCUAUUGUUGGCCUGGGUGUCCGGAAAUGGGUAGCCCACCUGCCAGUUGGUGGAUGAACUCAUUAAUGUCCAGGGAGAUUUUGCGUGUGGGGAAGAUUAUCCACAACUAAUUAUACUAUUUUUAAGGUCCUGUUCGUUCAUCUUUCACAUUUAUUGGGCAAUUGACAUUCUUUUACCAUCAACCAACACUCUUAAAUAUUUAUAUUGUUUGCAUAACUAAUAAAGUAAAACUUAUUUAGUACAUUAGUUGUUCCUAAAUAUUUAACUGUUAAGUGCAAACUUAAUUUAAUCAAAAUUUAUUCUGAAUAUUUAAUUAAAAUGAAAAGUUUAAUAUUGC